UGACGUCUAUCUGUUUUCUUGUGCAUGUCUGACGUGGAAACUUAAGCAAAAUUUUUUAAUCGAGAGUUUUUAUAGAUUUAUUUCUUUCGAAUUAUGAUAAAGAUUGUUCUUUUUGGCGAAAACGGAUUCAUUCACAUAGCUUAAUAUAGAAAAAGUAAUACAUUUAAAAAAGAUAUUCAAAAUGAAUCCACCCAUGACUUCGUAUAGUCAACCUCCACAGGGGUGGACUCAACCAGGUGUGGGUCAACCUGCACAACCACCUAUGAAUGGGGCUCAAAACCUUCCAAAUCAAUUUCAAAAUAUGUCAAUUGGUCCGUCUAAAGCUAACUUCAAUGGCCCACCGUUUCCUGGCCAGCCAGUGGUAGGUCGCCCUUCAACGUCAGCGCCCGGACCUGGUAAUUUUCCCACAGCACCCCAAGUCCAAGCCCCAUUACAAAACGGACCACCACCAGCAGGAUACUCCCGACAACAAGCACCAAACUAUAGCAUUCCAAACGGUAAUCAACAGGCUUCACCCAAUCAACCUGGAAUGCCACCUAUGGCAGCAGUACCAUCGGGGGGACCCCGAAAUCAAUUUCCGCCAUCUGCGGCCGUACGUCCCGGACAGCCAGUGCCACCAAUGGGAUAUCCUGCUCCAUCGAUUCCAGGAGCUCCACCUACUUUCCCUCCUCAAGCAUCUCAACAAUAUCAGCAAACACCGCAACAGGCACCUCAAUAUCAAUCACAGUAUCAAUCCCAAACCGGACCACAUUACGCAGGUCAACCUGGACCACAGACAAUGCCUCCUGGAGGUAUGCCUAAUCAGUAUCCAGCUGGACCAACCGGACCUGGUAUGCCUCCUUCAAAUGUUGGUAACGUUCCCGGUUAUCCACAGCAACCAGGACAGAUGUUGGCUGGAUCCCAUAUGCCGCCGCAACACGGUUACAACCAAGCUCCUGGGGCCCAGGGUUUCAAUCAAAUGCCCGGUCAGCAGUUUCCACAAAGUCCAACAGGUGGACUACAUUACCCACAAGGGGCCAUGGCAUCACCGCCAGCACAGAAGCGACUCGAUCCGGACAGUAUGCCCAAUCCGAUUCAGGUGAUCAACGAGAACCAACGUUUUUGUGGAGGGGUGUUUGCGACUAAUCAGGCCGGUUUAGUGCCACCACUUGUGACAACAGAGUACGAUACCCAGGACCAGGGGAAUUCAGGCCCACGAUUCAUUCGCUCGUCGAUGUACAACGUUCCGGCUAACACGGACAUGAUGAAACAAAGCGCUGUCCCGUUUGCACUGAUUGUUUCACCAUUCGCCCGUGUAACUGAGAAAGAACUGUCUCCACCGAUCGUGAAUUUCGGUGAAUUAGGACCGAUCCGAUGCAUUCGCUGCAAAGCAUACAUGUGUCCAUUCAUGCAGUUCAUCGAUGGCGGGCGUCGUUUCCAAUGUCUGAUGUGCAAGGCGACUACAGAUGUCCCUGCUGAGUAUUUCCAACACUUGGAUCACACUGGCCAACGUAUGGACAAAUAUGAACGUCCUGAGUUAGUGUUAGGAACCUAUGAGUUUGUUGCAACAAAAGACUACUGUCGGAACAAUAGUCCACCCAAAGCACCGGCGAUGGUGUUUUUGAUCGAUGUAUCCUACAAUAACGUUAAAUCGGGAUUGGUACAACUACUUUGUGCGGAGAUGAAGAAUAUCAUUCGUAACUUGCCGAUCGAUACAGGUUUCGAACGUACAGCUAUGAAAGUAGGCUUCAUUACCUACAACAGCUCUGUCCAUUUCUACAACAUCAAGAGCAGUUUGGCUCAACCACAAAUGAUGGUUGUAGGAGACGUUCAUGAAAUGUUUAUGCCAUUACUGGAUGGUUUCCUGGUCGACCCGGAGGAAUCCAGUGCCGUGAUUGAUGCUCUGAUGGAACAAAUCCCAAAAAUGUUUGGAGAUACUCGCGAAACAGAAACUAUUUUACUACCUGCCUUGCAAGCCGGUCUCGAAGCACUCAAGGCUUCCGAAAGUGCAGGAAAAUUAUACGUGUUCCAUUCAUCUUUACCAACAGCGGAGGCACCAGGAAAAUUGAAGUCUCGUGAUGAUCGGAAGCUCUUAGGAACGGACAAGGAAAAAACGGUGUUAACUCCCCAGUCAACUGUUUAUAACAUGCUCGGACAGGAAUGCGUUGGUGCCGGUGUAUCGGUUGAUCUGUUCGUUUUCAACAAUUCCUACAUAGAUCUUGCUACAAUCGGCCAAGUGGCCAGGCUGACCGGCGGAGAAGUUUACAAAUAUACUUACUUCCAGGCCGAUAUUGAUGGUCCCCGUUUGGUAAAUGAUGUCAUUAAAAACAUAUCACGCCCAAUAGCUUUCGAUACGGUCAUGCGCGUGCGUACAUCAACCGGAAUUAGACCAACUGAUUUCUUCGGACAUUUCUUCAUGUCUAACACAACGGAUAUGGAAAUUGCCAGUAUUGAUUGUGACAAAUCAGUAGCGAUUGAAAUUAAACACGACGACAAGCUGACCGACGACAACGUGUUCAUUCAGGUUGCUCUUCUAUACACCAGUUGUUCCGGACAGCGCCGUUUGCGUGUACUGAAUUUAAGUCUCAAAACUUGCAACCAACUGGCCGAUUUGUUCCGGAGCUGCGAUCUUGACACAACGAUUCUGUUUUUUGCCAAACAAGGUCUGUUCAAGUUACUGGAGAACUCCCCUAAGGCGAUCAAGGACUCACUCGUAAAUCGUGCGGCCCAAAUUUUGGCAUGCUACAGAAAAAAUUGCGCCUCGCCCACGUCCGCCGGUCAACUGAUCCUACCUGAGUGUAUGAAACUACUGCCACUAUAUAUUUCGUGUUUGCUGAAGAACGAUUCCUUCUCCGGCGGUUCGGAUCUAACGUUGGACGACCGUUCUUACGUGAUUUAUUUCGUGAUGAGCAUGGAUUUGCCAACGUCUGUUCAGUUCUUCUAUCCUCGAUUAAUUCCUGUCCACGAUGUUAAAGUGGAAGACUCCAAUGUGCCUGCUUUAAUUCGUUGUACGGCUGAUAAGAUGAUGGAAGACGGUGCUUAUAUCUUGGAGAAUGGCGUGCACAUGUUUAUGUGGCUCGGUUUAGGAUUGUCGUCGGAAUUUACGUUGUCUGUGUUUGGAGCACAGUGCACACAGCAGAUCGAUACCGAUCGUACGGGUUUACCAGUAUUUGAUAAUCCACUUUCCAAGCGCAUCAGAGGCAUCGUCGACAGCAUUCAGAAUGCCAAACACCGGUGCAUGAGGCUUACUCUGGUCAAGCAGCGUGACAAGCUAGAAAAUGUAUUGCGUCAUUUCCUGGUCGAAGAUCGAGGUAUGACUGAUGGUUCCGCUAGCUACGUGGACUUCCUUUGUCACAUGCAUAAAGAGAUUCGAACGCUGCUUAGCUAGCUGGAUUGUGAAGGCAAUAAGUUGAGCAGUCAUUUCAAGUUCAGCUGUACUAACAACUACAACAACAACAACAACUGCAGUUCAUACAAUACAACAAAAUGUACCGCAGAAUUAACGAACAACAUCAACCAUGCACAAUGCCAACGGAAGGUGCAAAGCAGUGAUUUAAAUGGAAAUCGUAGGGCCGCAUUUCACAACCAGUAUUCUCAGCGCCCACCGAGUCAUGACGGAGAUGACGAAAACGAAACCAUCAAGGAAGAAGACGAAGAAGAGGAAGGAAGUUCGGUUCAGUCGGAGCAGCGUCACGGCUACUAUACACAGUCAUCAUCGCCUGGCAGGAGCAUCUCACAGAAUCGUACCAGAGCAUUGCGAUAUCGAAAAGCAUUCAUGGGAAAGUGGUAAUAGUUGUAACUGUUGCAAAUUAUACAUUAUUUUUAUUACUUUACGAUUGUUUUUUUGUUUCAAAUCUAGAAUAUAUCUAACAUGAACAUGUGCGAAAUUACAAUAGUAAAACAUGAGAAAUCUGUACUAGAAAGGUGUUAUGCUUAGAUGUUUAUACUGAAUGUGUAACGAAUCAAUUAUAUCUACUUAAUAUAUACACAUAAACGAAACUACAACUGUUAUGAACGCGAUGCGUGGUUGGGGGUCAUUUAGAAAUGCUCUAUGUAAGUCCAACAUUUGAAGAAUCCACAUGCAGCGAAAAGUGAUGCAUCUAAACCAUAGCUAAUCGCUAUACUUGCGUAGCCAAGAAAACUGUACCCUCAAAGGAUAAACACAAUAUAGCAAAAAUAUAUGAAAUUAUUUCAACUAUAAAA